AUGUUACGUCACGUCCCGUUAUCCCGGCAACUUCUAGCAAGUGCUAGCUAGGAACGCUAACCGGAAGUCGUUCGAAAAAAGAUAAUAAGCCAUACAAACGCAUACCGGAUUAGUGGAUAUAAUAGUGGUUGUUAAGAAACACCAUGGAGGAACAAAGUGCUGACAUAGAAGUGACCGUCAAAACUUUAGAUUCUCAGAGCAGGACUUACACUGUUGGUGCUCAGCUCACCGUGAAAGAGUUCAAGGAGCACAUUGCGUCUUCUGUGGCAAUCCCUGUCGACAAACAGAGGCUCAUCUACCAGGGCAGAGUUUUACAAGAUGAAAGGACACUGGCAGACUACAAUGUAGCUGGCAAGGUGAUCCACCUUGUGGAGCGGGCGCCCCCUCCGCCCUCCCAGCCCGGCUCGGGGUCGGGGGGCAGUUCAGCCGACAGCGGGCCCUCAUCCUCGUCCCACGAUAGUUCUCAAGUGCCUCCACACGAUCGUAAUGCCAACAGUUACGUCAUGCUUGGCACAUUCAACCUCCCAGUCAACAUCAUGGAUCCCCAACAAAUACAGAUGUCAGUACAGCAGAUGAUGUCCAACAUGGGGGAUAAUGCAAGAAAUGCCAGAGUGACAACCAGCGCUGGGAGCAAUGGGUCAGUGAACGUGCACAUCGACAUGGAUCAGCAAGUGCAGAGUGAACCCCGGCUGAGGCUGGUGCUGGCUGAGAACAUGCUGAGAGACAUCAAUGAUUUAAUUGAAAGGAUGGAGGGUCGAACGGCCGACUCAUCUGCACAAAGAGACACGACUUCCUCCGCACCUAUGCCUCCUCCCUUGUCUUCAUCGUCCACCUCCACCCCCUCUCCCUCUGCUCAGCCCAUGGACACCUCCCCUCCUCCUAUGCCCCCCCCACCUCCACCCACCUCGUCUGCAACAUCUGAGGGACCGACGCCUCAACCUGGACCCAAUCACCCAAGUCCAACUGAGCUAUCGGAGAUGUUGUCUGAACUAAGGAGGGUGGAAGAGAGGCUGCAACCCUUCAUCCAGCAAGCUCACACCAUUCUGGAGACUGCGACCACUGCAGAAUACAACAACAAUACAGAAAGAGAGGACGACCAGCAGACCCUAGUUCUUACAUGGGAGUGUCUCCGUCUCCUCGGCAAUGCCCUCGUGGCCCUUAGUGACCUGCGCUUGAAUCUCAUGAGCCCGGUGCCUCGCCACCUCCAUGUGGUGCGGCCAAUCUCCCACUAUGCCGUUCCUGUCUCGAUGCCCGGCGCUGUGCACCGCCACAUCCCAGUGCAAAUGAACGUAGGCGCCACAAUGACGGCAAAUGGCACAGAGGGACAGGCGCCGCCCGCGCAGCCAGCCGGCCAGUCGGAGCAGGCAGGUCAGGGACAGACCACCCCCUCACAGACUUCCCCGUCUAAUCAGCAGGCUGGACAGGGACAGGCUGGCCCCCGGGUCAUCAGGAUCAGCCACCAGGCAGUUCCGGUGGUCAUGAUGCAGAUGAACACGGACGGCACAAGUGCUAACCCUGCAGCUGGUCACCAGAUGCCAAGCCAGCCAGGUGGCCUACCCCCAGACUUCAUGAGAAAUCUCAUGCAACAGGUCAGCCAGUACGCCACCGCCGCUGCCACUGCUGCCGCUACCGCCGCUGCCACUGCUGCUGCUACUGGCCAAACCAUGCCACCACAGCCCACUCAUCCUGGCUACAGCGCCACAGCCAACUCCUCAGCUACCACCGUGGGUCCUAACACCCCUAACACCACGCCUACUGCACCCCAACCACCUCCUCACGCUGGCCCCCAGCCUCAUGCCAGGGUUGUGUUCACCCGGCCACCGUUUGCACCAAACAUUCCUCUUCCGGCUUUCGGCACCCGAGGAACCACCAUCAAUGUGAGGGCGGCCAUGCCUGGUCAGCAGCCAGGACAGGCUUUCAACCCUGCUGCUGUCAAUCAGAUGAUUAGCGCGCUGGUUGGUCAGCUUUUGCUGCCAGGACAAUUGGCAGCCCAGCCAGCCACCACAUCUUCAUCCACCUCCACAUCCUCCUCCACUUCCUCUUCCGCGUCCUCCUUUUCCUCUCAAACUUCCUCCUCCUUUUCUUUCUCUACCUCGAGUGGAGAAGCAAACUCCGCCAGCCCACCGAAUCAGACCGAGAACAACUCCAGUGAGCCGCAGCCUCAGGAAAUGCACGCGGACCUCAGCCAGAUGCUUGGCUCUCUGCUAGGGGCUACCGGAGAGGCCACGCUGGGUACUGCGGAGGGCCCCUCCAUCACCGUCACCACCUCAGGUCUCCCCAACCUUAUGCAGGGAGUGGCUGAGUUCAUGCAACAGGCUACCCAGCCCAUCUUCUCCCCGCCACCUCCUCCGCCCUCUCGUGCUCCCACUGCUCCUAACGAAGAAAUCAACCCGACUUCCAACCCUGCAUCUGCAGCAGCAUCCGAAGCCCUCAACCCGGAGCUGUUCACCGGCAUCGUCCGUGGCUUCCUGAGCUCAAUGAUGGGUUCUCUCGGCCAGGCGCAGAACGACACUGAGAGCAUUGCGCAAUUCAUGCAGAGGCUUUCCCAGACCACCAACAUCUUCAUCAGCCCGGAGGAGCCAACUGGCUUCUUUGGUGAGCUGCUGAUGCUGGUGUGCCAGACGUUCACCAUGUCCGACUUGGUAAUGUUGCUGCAUGGGCAGCACCAGCCGAUGGGCCGCAUUCAGCCGCAACUGUCCCAGUUCUUCACCCAGAACUACCUCAAUGGCAGAGAGCCAACAGAUGCAAACAUCGCUGUUGCUGCUGACACUAUUGUGCAGGAACUGGAGGAAUACAUCACAGAAAGCUUUAGGGAAUCCUCCGUCACCAUUUUGGAGGGUGUCGACGUCACCCAGACUAACAUGUCCUUCUUCAGACAGCAGUUGAUGGGUAUCGCUACACACAUUCUACGUUGUCAAGAUGACUCUUUUGGGGUUCGCCUGCUUCAGAUGUGCAACCAGGCGCUGUUUGAAUGUCUGGCACUCAACCUGCACUGUCUUAGAGGAGACCAACGAGCGCUGACCGCUGUCAUCAAUCACCGGAUUCGGAGGAUGUCGAGUGACAUCAGCCCAAGUCUCGUCAACUGGAUGACCAGCAUGAUGACCAUGAGGCUACAGUUAAUUUUAGAACACCUCCCAAUCACACAGGAGCAGAUCCAAAACUACAUUGUUUACACACAGGUCACACACACACAGAAGGAUCAACCGGCUGCAAGUGACACACAAGAGCCAGAGCAAACACAAAGUGCUGCGAUCAGUGACACUCACUCACCCGCCGCAGCUACCACAGCAGAGGAGGCCAUGUUAGCGUCACGCAACGCGAGGGCGUCGUCACGGGAGACGAGAACGCUGCCCGUAGACUUGGGUGCCACGGGAGGAUCAACGCCCUUAGCCGCCAUGACGGCAGUAGGAGCUGAGGGAGUCAGCUCCAACUCUGCUGGAGAGUCUGAGGCCUGGGCAGCCACCGUACCGCCCGAGUGGGUUCCCAUCAUCAGGUGUGACAUGAUCACUCAGAGGAAGAUGAAGGCGCAGCCGCCGCUGUCUGACGCCUAUUUGCACGGCAUGCCCGCCAAGCGCAGAAAGACUGGACAGGGUGGUGGAAGCCUGGCCUCCCUCUCAGACGCUGUGAGCCAAGCAGCCAGGGCGGCCGGCGUGAAGCCCAUCACAUCUGGUGAGCGUCUGCAGGAAGAGCUGGACACAGAGGAGCUGAAAGAGGCUUAUUCAGAGCAGGUCAAAGCAGACAUCAAAAAACGAACGCAGGACGACCCAGACUUCAACUCUCAGCAGUUCCCAGACACACACAGAGCCUUCUUGUCCGACUCGUAGUCUCGACUUUUGUCUUUGUCUUCAUGGCCACUUUUUGUAAACUCAGACCCCUUCCUCUUUUUUCUGCUCAGUACAGCUUGAUCCUCUUCCCCUGAGUGCUAAUUGCAGGAUGCUAAUGCGGCCAUGUCCCCUAGUGCCUAUUUAUUGCUUUGCUCCGACUCUCUAAUUUACUGUCUUGAUAAGAGUUGACUGAAGAUCAUGAUUUUCAUCGUUUCUGUGUGUGUGUCUGCGUGUAUUUUGCCUCUCUCCUUUUCUCACAUUUGAACCAUUUAUUACCGGUCUUCCUCUCUUAAGCGCACGCGUCAACUAUCAUGUUACGAAGAUGCUGUUUCGUACAGGAAUGUACAGUAAGGAUUAAUAAACAAUUGAUUAAAAAAGUACUGUACUUACUAUAAGUGGUGCACAAAAAGGUUUUUAGGCCAUCUUCAUGCAACCGGGAGGAGCUUUUCUAACCUGUAACCUGUUUUGAAAAAGUUUCAUUAUAAUUAUUAUACCAAAUAAUACAAUGCCAAGCCACACUCCACUAACAGAGAAAUCUGAUAUCUACCUGCUUAUUUAACCCACGAUGGCCGAAGAAGAGGAAACAUUGAUUAGGUUGCAGAUAUGUUUGCAAGGCCAUGUUCAAGAACGACAUUUCAAAACCAGCUAGAUCUAGCGAGACGAGGUCGGCCGACCGGUGAAAUGGUUUGUCUACCACUUCCAAUUGAAUCAACCAACUUUGAGCGGUACCUCUGGUUUUUCAUGUUUUUACAAUUAUUACAUUUUGACAAUCCCACGUAAGAAACGUUUAAUUGCAGAUGCGAGUUGAUUACAUUUUAAAUGCGCCAGAAAAUAGCCAAUUUUGUACACUAUUGAGGUGUUUCAAUGCCCAGUAGUGCGCAAGUUUGUUUCUGUACAGUAUUUCACCCGCCGUGGUCAUGUUGUGACACAAACUAUGGUAUUAUGAGGGGUAUUUAUUGAAGUCGGACUAAGUAGGACAUCACUAAAGGACUAGGUGUGAAAUGCAUGACCAGCCACCGAAUCGGUUUGAAUCAAGAAUCGAUUCUGAACCAAAUAGUCACCCCAUUAAUUGGAUCGAAACGGCAGGUGCCCAAAGAUUCACACCCAUACUUACUACAGUUUGAAAAUGACCGUCAAUAUACAAUCAGCAGUGGUUUUCAAACUUUUUUCACCAAGUACCACCUCAGAAAACACUUUGCUCUCUAAGCAUCACCAUAAUGACCAACAUGAAAAUACAUUAGCGUAGUAGGCCUAAGUGUUCAUUAAAAACAAGGCAGAGGUUUUAUUUAACAAGUAUAUUUAAUAUUUUUGGCCACUGUAACAUUACGCACAGUUUGAUCAGUAACACUGAAGAUGGAAAAAUAAAACACUGAACUUUAAUAAAGUGAUUAUUUGGCGUACCACUAGAAAGAGCCUGUGUACCACAGUUUAAGAAUCACUGAUCUACAGCAUACACAAAUAUCCAAAUAAAUAGUACAUUCCCAGUAAUGCAUUGUAAUUCUAGUAUUUGUCCACCAUAAAGUGACACAGCUCCCAGUGUUCCAUCUGUCUUUAUAGAUUCUGUCUGCAGCUCAUGUUUAUGGCCUUAUUCUCUGUUAAUAAACCAGUUUAUCUGCCUUGUAUCAACAUUAUAACCCCGCACAAUAGUUGUAUUACACCAUGCCAUGUCAGCAGCUAACGUACUAAGUUUAAACAGGUUGAACCACCUGCAGAAGUCAACACAGCACUUCCUGUUUGUCAUCCUGUUGCGUCAUGUGACCUCACCUGAGAGUAAACACAUGCCAACAUGUCAGCACAUCAUCUCAUUGCAAGUGUUCUUGGGCAAUUAUUUGAAUGUGUGCCGUCACCCUGUCGGUUAUAGACAUGAGAGAAAUGUAUUUUUAAAAAUGUCCCUGACUUGUACAACGUGACUCAUGACAUUCCAUGAACGAAAAACCAGAUUACAGUUCUGGCUCCCAUCAGGGUACAAAUAAUCCAAUUGUAAUCUUUCUGCUGUCUGUACGACACCCAAACAAAUUUUGUCAAAGUCUAAGUUAUAACACUGUCUUUUACCUACCCUAUUUGUACAAGGUGUCUGUAAUUAUGUAAAUUGGAUGUAAGCACACGAUACUAAAAGUAAAAAGUAAUUUUCUUCUUGUGCAACAACAAAUGAUGUGCAACUAGAUGAAAACAAAUGGCAGAACUACGUUUUAU